CUUAGGGAGGGUGUGUUUUGCGACAGUAGUGCAAAUGUCGUAACGCGUGGGCAAACUCUGGGCGUUGUUCAUUACGUAGAGAGACGACCGCCCACACUGACCUGAAUAUGUGGAUUUUUGUUGCUGGGGACAAUUUUUGUCAUGUCAUGGACUCCAAAACAACAACAAGAAGAUUUCCGUUGUAUGGACCUUCUUCCAAAUGGGCCCGUGUGUUAAAUACAGUAUUACGACAAAUGCGAAUCGCCCCCUCGCCUGCUGAAUUGUGACGCUUUAUCAACCUUAUGGGCAGUAUCGAUGUAUUGGCUGUACAUACUGGAAUGGCUCGCCUUUUGGCUCAGUCUGUGAUUUUUACGGUGUUGGUGUGGCCUGCCUUCCUGUCUGGGUUGAUUGGAUUGGGAAAUGAUUCCUAAAUUCGCCCUCGCAUCAACAGUAUUUACUUCUCGAGUAAGGAAGUAGAGUACGUCAAGAUAAUUAUACUAAACACGGCCUAUAUCGAAAGUUGUUUUUGUAACCUUCACAAUAAAAUCACCAAACGUAAUCUUUUGGAUGUUAUUUUGAUCACUUUAUGGUGGAAUACAACAGAUUGUGGUAGGAGAGCUAAUAUAAGAUAUCAUGUAUUAGAAGAUCAGUUUUACUUCUAGACGGGGUCGCCGAGCGUCAGUAGUGACUCGCAGUGUGUCUUAAUUUGGAAACUGUAAACGGAAGUGAUUUUGAUUGUGUCGUUUUUGCUUUGACACAGUCUGGUAGUUAGGGGGAUGUGGCCAGGGUAUAUUUAUGCUGCUGUUCGAGAUAUGAAAAUCACUGAAUCGCUGCUGCUUCUGGAGCCCUGUUUCUCCACCAGUGUCCACACCGGAGCUUCAGUCCUUCUCGUUUCGAGCGUCUUCCUCAUAUGUCAACAACUCAACACCAAGUGAUGAUGGAGCCCUCUCUAGCCCUCGGGAGAUUGGAGCUCACCCCCGGUUCAGCUGCUGUUGGGGUCAACCUGACCCCGCUGCUCCCUGGAGGUUCCCCGGUCAAAGAGAAGAGCAGCCAGCGACCAGCGGAGCCCCAAGGCCCGGCUCAUCUGAACGGCUGCAUCCCACUGUCGCAUCAGGUGGCCGGUCACAAGUACGGCGUGGACAAAGUGGGUAUUUUGCAGCAUCCAGACGGAACAGUCCUGAAGCAGCUCCAGCCUCCACCAAGAGGACCACGAGAGAUGCAGUUUUACAGCAUGGUGUACGCAGAUGACUGCUGUGACCCUUGUCUCCUAGAGCUCCAGAACCAUCUCCCCAAAUACUAUGGAACCUGGUCUCAUCCUGACAGACCUAGUGAUCUGUACCUGAAGCUGGAGGACGUGACCCGGCGCUUUGUGAAGCCGUGCAUUAUGGAUGUUAAGCUGGGCCAACGCAGCUACGAUCCGUACGCCUCGCAGGAGAAACGGGAGCAGCAGAUCAGGAAAUACCCGCUAAUGGAGGAGAUCGGCUUCCUGGUCCUCGGCAUGAGGGUAUACAAGAUGUGCAGUGACACCUUUGAGUCCUACGACCAGCACUAUGGUAGGGCACUGGUGAAGGACACCAUUAAAGAUGGUCUGGCCCAAUUCUUCCACAAUGGUGUUUGUCUCAGAAAGGAUGCAGUGUCUACGAGUGUCCACAGGGUGAAACAAAUCCUGCGCUGGUUUGAAUCCCAGCAGCAGCUGGUCUUCUACGCCAGCUCUCUUCUUUUUGUGUACGAGGGUCUUACCUCCUCCUCAUCCUCUUCCUCACCUCUUUCCUCCCCUGCCCUGAGCCCAACUUUGGUGCAAACUGUCACGUGUCCCUCAGUGGUGGACAGCUGUCAGAGGACGAAGGACGAAGCAGCACAGGAGAAGGAGAAGAAAGAGGAGGAGGAGGUGGCAGAGUUCAACAACAACAAUAUUCAGGUGACGGUGCCCUGGGACUACAGCCUGGCCACCAUUUACACCAACCACAGGAAACAUGGCCACCACCACCACUGUGCCUCCAAGACUCAGCUCCAGGGCAACAGUGGAGACAGUGCGACUGUGGAGACUGACUACGUACAGUGUCAGGAGGACAACUCCACAUGGAAACGGAAGGGUGAGUCAACGCAGCCACCAAAUGGCAACAAGAACAAACCACAACUGGAAAGAAUGGUGGAUGAAGGAGAGAGAGGGGUGCAAUGCAACAAGGAGAAGGAAGAGGAGGAGAAGAAGGAGACGAAAGGACCAGGAAAAAAUGAGUCAGAGGUGGAGGUGAGGAUGAUUGACUUUGCCCACGUAUUUCCAAGCGAAAGCCAUGAUCAGGGCUACAUCUACGGCCUCAGACACCUGCUGACGGUGCUGGAGCGGAUCCUCCAUGACUCUGCCUAGAGCUCCUGCUGCUUCCUUCUUCUCUGCCACCACCCACCCUCCCUCUGUCUUUUUAACCCUCCUCUCCUCUGAAAUUAGGCAACCCGCAGAGGAGCAAAGGGAAAACUCACAGGCCUGAAUAUUAAAUCUGAACCAUCAACAUCGCAUUUAUUAUCAUCUCACCUGACUGUGAUGGUCCGUCGACCAUGUGA